AUGUGGCUGACUGAGGCUCAAAAAUUUGGUGUGGCUUUCACUUUUGGCGGUUUUCUUUUCUUUUUGUUUGGUAUAUUUACUCUCUUUGAUCGUGCUUUAUUAGCUUUGGGUAAUAUUUUGUUUUUAAUUGGGGUGUUUUUAAUUAUUGGUUCGCAGAAGACUUAUGUUUUCUUUACAAGACCAAAUAAAAGGCGUGGCUCACUGCUGUUCGUAGUUGGUUCUCUUCUGAUAUUAUUGAAGUGGACUUUUUUUGGCUUUAUAAUUGAAUCGCUGGGUAUUAUUGGCCUUUUUGGUGACUUCUUCGGCGUUAUCGUACAGUUUUUGAGGUCAAUGCCCAUCAUUGGUCCAAUACUUUCUCACCCUGCAGUUGCUCCAAUCGUAGAUAAAUUAGCAGGUGUGCGGGUUCUUCCGGUGUAG